GAUGGCGCCACGCCCCUCCCCUGACAGGUUUCUCCCCCCUCCCCCGCCCUGCUUCAAUAGUUGACCGACUGAAGAAUGGAAGCGAUCUGAAGUUUUUCCGGCUGUGGCGUGCGGGAAAGUGCGUAUGCUGUGUAUAAAAGUGGUUUAUUAUCCAUGAUAAAUGAAAAUGGCCAAUACUUUACGAGGGGAAGUACUGAAUCUUUAUAAAAAUUUGCUGUACCUUGGACGAGAGUAUCCAAAAGGAGCAGACUAUUUCAAAAGGCGUCUGAAGAAUGCUUUCCUUAAAAACAAAGAUGUGAAGGACCCAGAGAAGAUCAAAGAACUUAUUGGACGGGGUGAAUUUGUAAUGAAAGAGCUAGAAGCCUUGUAUUUCCUUAGGAAAUACAGAGCUAUGAAACAACGCUAUUAUUCAGAUACCAAAGACACUAACUAACUGAUCAUUACCAUAAUUUAGCUGAAAACCAGUGCCAUCUAUUUAUGUAUAACAAAUAUAAAAAUAAUUCCACUUAAAAUGGCAACAUAUACACAUCAUGUAAAAAACAGUUAAGCUGCCUUACUGAACUAAAAACAGGUUUCAACUUCUAGUCAUACUGAGUUUUAUCAGCAAUCCUUUAUGCACAAUUUUUUACUGGAAUAGAAACUUAGCUACAUAAUGUUGCCAACUACAAGUUAUAAAUUAAUGAGCACCUAAUUUCAAAUGAAAAAAUAAUGUACUUAAAAUGGUUUUAACUUAAUAGGUUUUUGCCAAUUACUGUUAGCCCAUUUCUCCAUUUUAUUGACAAUGCCACUUAAUUCACAUGUAACUAGGCAAAAUAAUUUCUUGAACAUUAUUCUAUUAAUUUUUGAAGGAGUACCUUAUUUUUGGCUCCGUUUGGUACAUUAGGAAGGUUCACUACAAAUCAAAUAGCAUCUGGUCAUGAUUUUAGUGCAGUUAGAGAAAUAACAUACAUGAAGAUUACUUCUGAUCUUGAAAUAGCCUGCCAGCAAUUGGCAUUUCACACAUACCUAUUCAAUGUUCCCAUUAUUUUGCUACUAGUUCCCUUUGGACCUUAAAACAAAUUUUACCUGUUGUGUAUCAAUUACCUUCUCUGAUAAAAAGUAAUAAAUAUUGUUAUUUUUUGUCAUAAA